GGAAUAAAACCCAUAAAAGUGAGGCCGCAUCCCCAACAGCGGAACCCCACCUGGUUCUUUGUUAUCCAUUACCUUCUUUUCUCUCUUCACCCACUUCUAUCCACACACCCACCCACCCCUCUCCCUUUCCAUCCGGGACUUGGAGGCCCAACCCCUUACCUCAUCCCCCUCUCGUGAUUCCAUUAACGACCUAUUUAUCCUCUCUCAUCACUCCCCUGUCCCCGCUCUAUUUUUCUCUUCUCAAGCUCUUCCCUUCUCCCAUGACUCCUUCCCUCCUUUGUCACUGCCUCGCCCUCCCCUUCCUCCAGCGAUGCCAUCCCCUCUUCGGAAUGGGGACACCCCACUCCCCGCUGAAGCUGGCGGACCACUGCACCGCCACCAGGGACGCCACUUCCUUUCCUCCAUCUCAGAGCACAAGGUCCGCCGGCUGAUCGCGCUUAUCCUGCUUCUGCGCCUCGCCGCCUUCUGCUUCUCCCUCUCCGCCGCCAUCUUUAUGUCCACCAACUCCUCCCGCUCUCCCGCCUCCCCUUCCUGGCUCCGCUUCCACCCCUUCAGGUUCGUGUUCGCGGCGAAUGGGAUCGUGGCCGUGUAUUCCUUGUUCGAGAUGGGAGCUUCCAUCUGGGAGAUCCUGAAGGGUGCCACCCUGCUCCCCGAAUCGUUGCAGCUCUGGUUCGACUUCAGUCACGACCAGGUGUUCGCAUACAUUCUGCUGUCGGCGGAGGCGGCGGGGUUGACGGAAGCGCGGGGGAAGGCAUGUGUGUGGGCGGCGGAGAGGGAGAGCGGCGGUUUCUGCGUACAGUCGUACAUCUCGGUUGGGUUGGGCUUCGCUGGGUUCGCCUUCCUCGCACUCUCUACUCUUCUUUCCGCCUUCCGCGUCGCUUCCUACAUCAUCACCGGAUCCUCCUUCCAUUUCUGAUAUCGUUUGCCGGCCGCUGAGUCGUUCAUUUCCGCAUAAGCAAGUGUAUGGUAUGACGGUAGUGGUCGAGCGAGUCGUACUGACUCGGACGCUUAUUGGAUUGAGGAUGGUGGCCUCCACCGUCUCCAUGUCAAUGAACUCCCUUCUUUGCCCCUGGACUUCUGACUUUCUCUUUUGCUUUAACUAGUGUACCGUACUGAGACGCUGUGUGUACAAUCACGCGAAUCUGGAGACGACCGGGCACGAGGUGAAUCCCGAUCUGCCUCCCAAAUGCGAUGCUCUCGCACAAUCCAC